GCAAGGUGUUUGUGCUCCAGUCUAAGAUAGUGCAAAGCGCUAGAAGCUUUAGGAAAAAUGAUGCAGCAGAUGCACACUACCCAACGAAGCGGCAUGAUGGGAGCUGUCCUGUGUCUGUUGCUGAUGCUGGGAACGGGUGUCGAACGGGCGUCAGCGACAAAGUAUUGCGGAAAAGCGUUCACCGAUGCGAUGAGCUUCAUAUGCUCAGAAUACCCUACAAUGCACGAUGUCAACAAGAAAGCAGGUUCCUUCUUCCAGGACGCGUUUGAUCCCACCGGAACGGGGCUCUCCUUUCCGAUACCGGCCAGAUUCCGUCGGGCGUUCCAGGAUGCACACCCGUGCUGUAGAGUUGGAUGUACAAUGAACGAGCUAAUGUCGUACUGCAGAGUGGUGUCACCUGACGUUGCGAAUAUGAUGAAUACAGCUAUGGUGAAUACGGAAUACUACGGAUAGGCCGAACGAAUACCGGAAUGCCAUAUUUAUGGGAUUAGUUGAAUGUACUACUAUUAGAAUGAAAAUAUAUUUGUAGCUUUGCAGAACAGAACCGUGAACGAAGCGUUUGGCUGGCUCACUAA